UAAAAGCAUGAUAUCAUAUAUGCAUGUUCUUUUGGUUUUAUCUGUUCCACAUAUCUUCUUCUUCUUCUUCUUCGGUAAACCUGAAACUAUUUUUCUUCACCGGCCCAAAUUUUGCUAAGCAGAUACAGAAACGUUCAGCCUUGUGAGGAAUCAGACAUGGCGGUGGAUCAGGAGGAUGUGGAGACUGCUGUGCACGGGAAGCUAACAGAGCCACUCAUUAGGGAAAAGGAGAAAGAGAAGAAGAGCAGAACUGAAGAAGAAGAAGGUUCAAGCAAGGAAGGGAAUCCAUGGAUGAUUUACCUGAGCACCUUUGUUGCAGUGUGUGGUUCUUUCGAAUUUGGAACUUGUGCGGGCUAUUCAUCGCCUACACAGUCUGCAAUUAGAGAAGAACUGUCCCUUUCUCUGGCAGAGUAUUCAGUGUUUGGUUCCAUAUUGACAUUUGGUGCAAUGAUUGGGGCAAUCACAAGUGGUCCAAUUGCUGAUUUUGUUGGGAGGAAAUGGGCAAUGAGAAUUUACUCAGUUGUUUGUGUUGCUGGGUGGCUUGCCAUUUACUUUGCUCAGGGUGCAGUGGCUUUAGACUUUGGAAGAUUGGCAACAGGAUAUGGCAUGGGAGCUUUUUCAUAUGUGGUACCAAUUUUCAUAGCUGAAAUUGCACCGAAGAAUCUUAGGGGAGCAUUAACAACCAUCAAUCAGCUUAUGAUCUGUACUGGAGUUUCAGUUUUCUUCAUAAUAGGCACUCUAUUGCCAUGGAGAGUUUUAGCAUUAACUGGAAUCAUCCCAUGUGCCAUCUUAGUUCUUGGACUCUUCUACAUUCCUGAGUCACCGAGAUGGCUUGCGAAAACAGGACGUGAAACGGAGUUCAAGGCUUCACUGCAAAAGCUUCGUGGCAAGGAUGCUGAUAUAUCAGAAGAGGCAGCAGAAAUCCAGGACUACAUAGAAACACUUGAAAGGCUACCAAAGGCGAAAGUGCUCGAUUUGUUUCACAGAAGAUACCUGUGCUCUGUCAUUAUAGGAGUCGGAUUGAUGGUAUUUCAACAAUUUGGUGGAAUCAAUGGAAUAUGCUUUUAUACCAGCAAUAUAUUUGAGCAAGCAGGAUUUCCAGCUAGCAUUGGGACUAUAACAUAUGCAUGUAUCCAGGUGGUGAUUACUGGCCUUAAUGCACCUGUGGUGGAUAGAGCAGGAAGAAAGCCUCUAAUUUUGGUUUCUGCAGUAGGAUUGGUCUUCGGAUGCCUACUAACUGGACUUUCAUUCUAUUUUAAGGCUCAUGACUUGGCACUUGAGUCAGUUCCGAUUCUUGCAGUAGCCGGAAUACUGAUAUACAUAGGAUCUUUUUCAGCAGGAAUGGGUGCUGUUCCAUGGGUAAUCAUGUCUGAGAUAUUCCCAAUAAAUAUCAAAGGUAUAGCAGGCGGGCUAGCAACGUUAGUGAACUGGUUUGGUGCUUGGGUGAUCUCCUACACUUUCAACUUCCUUAUGAGCUGGAGCUCCUAUGGUACCUUUAUUAUCUAUGCUGUCAUCAACGCGCUCUCUAUAGUGUUUGUGAUCACCAUGGUACCAGAAACAAAAGGGAAAACGCUGGAACAAAUCCAAGCAGCCAUCAAUGCAUAAAGAAACAAGAUAUGGAAUAAAGACAAUUCCUUCAUCGAUAUCUUUUCCAUUGGAAAGUUCCUCAGAAACAAGAAUGAUGUUUGUUUUGUCCGUGGAAAUUAUUUAAAGGGAGAAGACACAGAGAUUCAGA